AUGGCCGACUACACGGAAGCCGCAACACCUAAGACUGGCGGUGUGACCGCCUUCGACGAGGCCAACAAGGCCGCUGCGCGUCUCAUCAAGCCCAAGGCUAUCCUGUACACCACUGCGCUGCUGUCGUGGAUGCAGCCGUUCCAGAGCGGUUGGUCCACCUCGCAGAUGAACCUGUCGCAGUACAAUGACACGGACGAGUGCAAUGCUCGUCCCGUGGCGGAGGACACGUGCCUUAUGUUCCCUGGCCACUCGAAGCUGGAGUGGACGUUCGCCGUGAACGCCUGGAUCUUCGGUGCCAUGGUCGGCUCGUUGUGCUGCGGCCUCUUCAGUGACAAGUACGGCCGUAAGAAGGCUCUCAUGGGCAACUGCAUCUUCAUGAUCGUUGGUGGUGUGGUGCAGGCCUCCGUGUCGAAUGUUUGGUUGUUCGCACUGGGCCGCCUCAUUGCCGGUAUUUCGUCGGGAACGGCCACUGCCACCAUCGGCGGCUACAUCAACGAGCUGUCGCCGCCGCACAUGCGCAACACGCUCGGCCUGGGCCUCCAGAUCUUUACGACCAUCGGUAUUCUGGUGCCGGCAAUCUGCUUCUUCUUCGCCAACACGAGUUCUGGCUGGCGUUACCUGGCUGCGCUCCCCGUCGUGCUGGCCGUCGUCUACCUGCUGCUGGCCCCGACCAUGUGCAUUGAAAGCCCUGCAUGGCUUCUGAAUCAGGGACGCAAGGAGGAGGCCAAGCAGGUGAUUGCUCGUCUGUAUGGCGAGGAGCACGUGCAGACGGCCCUGUCGUGGCUUGAGGUGAGCAAGGGCAGCGCCGAAGAGGGACUCAUCGACUCGACCCCCAAGCAGGAGUCGAUGUUCAACCCGCGCUACCGCAUGCAGCUUCUUUGCGGUAUUUUGCUGUCGUCAUCUUCUCAGAACGCGGGCAUUUCGGACUCGCGUGUCGGCACGCUGAUCAUUGACUUCAUCAACAUCUUCCCGGCCUUCUUCACGGGUGUGCUGGCCCACCGCUUCGGUGCUCGCAACAUGAUCCUGUGGGGUCUGUCGGGCAUGGUGGUCAUGUCCAUCGGUAUGACGGUGGCGUUCAUCGUGGACGUUUCUGCUCUGUCGAUUGUGUUCACUGCUCUGUACGUGAUCGUGUUCGGUGUGACGCUGGGUCCUCUGGUGUGGGUCAUGACGGCCGACAUUUUCCCAGACUCGAUCCGCGCCAGUGCGUCUUCACUGUGCAUUGGCAUCAACUGGCUGUGCAACCUCAUCGUGGGUGUGUCGUACCCGUACAUUUCGGAUGCUCUGGACGACUACGCGUACGUUCCGUUCGUGGUGCUGCUGGCAAUCUUUUACCUGCUUGCCUUGAAGCUGGUGCCGGAGACGUCUGGCAAGUCGGCCGAGGAGAUCCAGGCCGAGUAUGACUCGCGUUGCGGACAAGUAGAGCGUAGACGUUAG